AUGGACAACAAAGUUGUGGGUAUACUUGGAGGUGGUCAACUUGGCCGGAUGAUCGUUGAACUGGCUAAUCGCCUCAACAUUAAAACAGUCGUGCUCGAUUCUCCGAACUCCCCGGCCAAACAAAUUAAUGCUAUUCUGGACCACAUUGACGGCUCCUUCAAAGAAUACGAACUGAUUUCGAAGUUGGCUAAACAAUGUGAUGUUUUGACUGUGGAAAUUGAGCACGUUGAUUGUGAUGCUUUAGACAGAGUUCAUGAAGAGACUGGAAUUCCCAUUUACCCUCUACCUCUGACAAUCAGAUUGAUUCAAGACAAGUACUUGCAAAAAGAACACCUUAUAAAGAAUGGUGUGGCAGUAACCGAGUCUACUGCAGUGACCUCCAAUUCCCCUGAAGCUCUCCGUCUUGUGGGGGGUAAGUUUGGUUAUCCAUUUAUGUUAAAACUGAGAACUAUGGCCUAUGAUGGGAGAGGUAACUACGUCGUCAACGAUCCUUCCCAGGUGGAGUCGGCUCUUGAAUUUUUGAAGAAUAGACCCUUGUACGCAGAGAAGUGGUGCCCCUUCACUAUGGAGUUGGCCGUUAUGGUGGUGCGCUCGCUUGAAGGAGACGUGUACGCUUACCCUACAGUUGAGACUGUUCACAAACAUAACAUUUGUCACUUGGUGUAUGCUCCAGCUCGUGUUCCCGACACAAUUGCCAAGAAGGCCUCGUUAUUGGCUCAAGAAGCAGUUAAGCUGUUUCCCGGUUGUGGGAUUUUUGGGGUAGAAAUGUUCCUCAUGGAGCUGGGUGAGUUACUUGUCAAUGAAAUUGCCCCACGUCCUCAUAACUCGGGACAUUACACCAUUGACGCGUGCGUCACCUCUCAGUUUGAAGCCCAUAUCAGAGCUGUUUGUGGGUUGCCUAUGCCCAAAGGAUUCACUGAGUUCAGCACAACCACAACCAAUGCCAUUAUGCUUAACGUUCUAGGUGAUCUGAAACCGAACGGUGAACUUGAACAAUGUCGCAGAUCAUUGGAGACCCCCCACUCACUGGUGUAUCUCUACGGUAAAGAAACUCGACCCGAACGCAAAAUGGGUCACAUUAACAUCGUAUCGCUGCUGAUGGACGAUUGUGAAGCUCGUUUAGCCUACAUCUUGGGGGAGAGUAACGCACCUGUCAAAGAUGAAACCGAGGCUGCAAAACCCCUCGUGGGAAUUAUCAUGGGCCUGGAUUCGGAUUUACCUGUUAUGUCCGUUGGUGCUCAAAUCCUCAAACGGUUUGGCGUUCCAUUUGAAUUGACCAUCGUGUCUGCUCAUAGAACCCCUCACCGAAUGUCAGAGUAUGCUAUUAACGCUGCCAAACGUGGCAUCAAAGUAAUUAUUGCUGGUGCGGGUGGUGCUGCUCAUUUGCCAGGUAUGGUAGCCGCCAUGACCCCUCUUCCGGUGAUCGGUGUACCUGUUAAGGGAAGCACUUUAGAUGGUGUUGAUUCGUUGCACCUGAUAGUUCAAAUGCCUCGAGGUAUUCCAGUUGCUACCGUUGCCAUCAACAACUCUACCAAUGCCGCUUUACUUGCCGUUCGAAUUUUGGGUGCUUUCGAUUAUUCUUGGUUGGUCAAAAUGAGCAAGUACAUGCAAGAUAUGGAGCUGGAAGUGUUGGGGAAAGCCGAUGUGUUGGAAGAAAUCGGUUACGAAGAGUACUUGGACAAGAAAUUGAAAAAAUGA